GUCUUCUCCUGGCACCGUCAAUUUCAGCAAGAUGGUUGGGCUGUAUGCAAACGAUGUCCUUUGCCGGGUUGCACUUGGAAGAGACUUCUCACAAGGAGGGGAGUACGAUCAGCAUGGAUUCCACAAAAUGCUUGAGGAUUACCAGGAACUGCUUGGAGGAUUCAGUCUUGGAGACUAUUUCCCUUCUAUGGAGUUUGUACAUAGCUUAACAGGCAUGAAGUCAAAACUCGUUAAUACCUUCAGACGCUUUGAUCAGUUCUUUGAUGAAGUUAUUAGUGAACAUCUAAAUUCUGAGGAAAAACAAGAGGAGCAGAAGGACCUUGUAGAUGUCUUGCUUGAUUUACAGAAGAAUGGUUCUGCUGACAUGCCUCUUACCAUGGAUAACAUUAAAGCGGCAAUCUUGGUCAGUAACGACUUGAUUGUUGCAGGAACCGGUACAACUUUCACAACCCUUGAUUGGGCAAUGACAGAGCUGAUCAUGAGUCCUAGAGUCAUGGAGAAAGCACAAGCAGAAAUUCGAAGAAUUGUUGGAGAGAGAAGAGUCGUGCAAGAGGGUGAUCUGCCUCGGCUGCACUAUAUGAAAGCUGUAAUCAAAGAGAUAUUCCGAUUAGAUCCUGCUGUUCCAGUUCUGAUCCCAAGAGAAUCCAUGGAAGAAGUUAUCGUUGACGGGUACAAGAUUCCUACUAAAUCACGCAUUUAUGUCAAUGCCUGGGCAAUGGGUAGGGAUCCAGAAGUAUGGGUUAAUCCAUAAACAUUUAAACCAGAAAGAUGUAUGGGUAGCAGUAUAGACUUUAAGGGGCAGGACUUUGAGCUAAUACCUUUUGGAGCGGGUAGAAGAAGCUGCCCAGCCAUCACAUUUGCAACAGCAAAUGUUGAGCUUGCUUUGACUCAACUUCUCCACAGCUUUGAUUGGGAACUUCCUCCAGGAGUAAAAGCUCAUGAUAUAGAUAACACAGAAGCUUUUGGCAUCUCAAUGCACAGGAUGGUUCCUCUGCACGCCAUUGCAAAUCAAACAUCUAGUGCCCUUCUCUGCCUCGCUUCCCAAUAUGCACUCUGUUAUGAUGGCAUUUUAUAAUUUAUAACCAUGCAAGGUUUACUUGUUAGAAAAAAAAUAAAAAUGUAGAGCAGAGUUGAUCAGCAUUAGUCCUGCCUGUCCGUUUGAUAUCAAAAUAAGAUGACUCAUCUUAUGAUUCUUGCAA